AUGUUGAAUCAAUACGCCACACCUCCGAGAAUACCUAAACCUUCUCCAAUUCCUUAAAAUUAAGAAUAGUUAUUGCAUGUUGUACUUCAUGAAAGAUAAAUUCAAUAACAACAACGAUAUUAUACUCCCCAAUUAAUUAGACCUCCCUCAUAAUAAACUCUUUCCACUUAACUCAACUCUCCAAUUUCCAACUAACCAAAGCAAUAACGUUAUAGUGUCAUGUAAUAAGUCAAUCAAAACGACAUGAAUAAUUAAUAUCAGCAAAUUAUGCAAUAUUACAAAGAGUUAGAAAUCAAUAUGUUACAACAAAAGCAGGAGAAUUAUCUAAAAUAUAAUGAAAUUCUCUAAAAAAUUGAUAACAUCUAAUAGCUAAUGGCUAAUAACAUUAAUUAAUUGAACAUUAAUCAAAGAAAUGAAUAUUAAUAAUUGUUACAGGAAUUGUAAUAGUAACGAUUAGAAAAUUAAUAACGAUAUGAACAAUUAUUUUAUAACAUUGAAUAAUAAAAGGAUUAAAAUCAUUAUGAGAAGUAAUUGUAAUAAAGAGAGUAACUAUUUCAACAAUAACAUUAAAUUAUAGAGCAACAGAAACAAUAACUGUAUAAUUAAAAUGCUAAUAUUAAUAAACCUUCUUAAUAAUAACCAAUAUAUUAUGACUCAAAUCCCUCAAAUUUAGAAUAAAAACUAUUUCCAUAAGAACAAAAUUCAUAAGAUUAACUCAAUUACUCGUAAAUUCACAACAGAUCUAAUAAGCAGCUCUUUCCUAGUAUUUAGAUACCUCAUAGAAAUCAAUCUUAAGACAAUAAUACCUUUGGAAUUAACUCUGGUCAAAUUACCCCCUAUAUUCAAGGCUCUCCAUAAUAACCGAAUAAUAACUUAUUGUAAUCGUAAGAAUAAUAUAAUCCUAACUCUAACAGACAAUUCAUGAAUAAUUAGAUGUCAAAUCAAAUUAUCAAACAGACUAAAUCCCCAAGAGAAUAAAUUUCCCCUUGUAUUUGCAUAAAUAGUCCUAAAAAUACUAGUAGAGAUAAUUCCAUUUCACAUCAGAAGAAAAUAUUUGAAAAACCUGUUUUUGAAUAAGUACAUAAUAAACCUUUGUUUCAUUAAAAUCCUCCCAUUAAAAAUUAAGAUCACCAUAUAUUAAAUUAAUCUACCUAGUAAUAAUAAUAUUAUUAAGUCUAAUAACCAUUUCACUCUGAUGAAAGCAUAAUAAUUGAUGAAUCAAAAAAUACUUCUGAAUUCUUACAGUAUUUAAAAGCAGAAUAUGGAAUCAAUAGUUUAAUUCAAAAUUCCUCCUUAUAGUUAGUUACUAAUUAAUUACAAUUAAUUUAUUGUUUGUCAUGUGAUUAAUAUAUUUCUCUUCAAUUGUCUGAUUAACAUCUUUAAGUUUGCAAUCCAUAAAGACCUUAAAGAAGAUAAAACGAUAGUUAUUUAGAUAAAUAUAUUGUAUAUAGGGGAGAUGAUUUUUUUAUAGAAACUCUAGAAGCCAAAAUGAAACGGAUUUGUCAAGAAAUUUUAUAAAUAAAAUUAAUGAUGUAAUUGGCUCAAUAAUAAAAGUGGACCACAUAUGAAUACAUAUAACUCAGAGAGUUUUGCUAAGUAGCUAUUACAAUACUUGAUAGAUUAUUGUCCAAUCCCAAUUCCUAUUAAUUACACAUAUAUUAUCAACAUACUCAAUAAAUAUUUAAUAUUGUUUAUAUGGCACCUUAAAUAUUUUAUAAAUAGUAGGCUAAAUUGUUGUAAAAAUGCUUAGAUAGGGUAAAAGAUUUAUAAUUGCUCCAUAAAAAAUGA